AUGGAUUUGUCGAAGCCCUCGAAGAACAUGGAGUCCCCAAAGAGCUGGAACGCGGUGGAGCCGGCCACCAACGGGCUGGGCCCCAAAGUGGUGGAGACGAUCGCCAAGGCGUUCGUGGAGCAGGGGCAGGGGCAGGAGGGGGCCGGGGCCGGGGCCGGGGCCGGGGCCGGGGCCGCGCGGCCGGGGCCGGGCGAGGGCGCGCGCGCCGCCAAGUGGAGCGUGCCGGCCAACGAGACCAUCGUGGAGCGCGAGAUCCGCGAGCAGCGCGAGCGGGAGACCGCGCUCGCCUCCCAGCGCGCGGCCGCCGCCCUGCUCCGGAAGGCCCAGGUUGAGUUUGAGGGUUUUGCUAUAGGUAUACGCCCGGCGCACGCGCCAAGCGCCGCCGCCGCCUUCGCCGCCUUCGCCGCCGCCGCCGCCGCCGCCGCCGCCGCCGCCGCCGCCGCCGCCGCCGCCGGCGGCACAGGCCGUUCGCUGCACGGCGCGCCGCUCGUCAGAGGGCCAACUGGAACGGGCGAGGCCGCCGCGCCGGGGCGUUGCAUGCCCCUGGCCCCGGGCCCCGGGCUGCGCGAGUGGUGCCCGCGACCCCUUUAG